AUGCCCUUGAUCAUGGAAGACGGCAUCAAUGUUGACGAUUUGUUUGGAGAGCCCGGCUCCCUCGAGCUGGGUUUGUCCCCUUCUACUACCUCUCCAAGAGGUCUUGCACAACGCUUAGAUGAAAUGAGACUGAUAGGUUGUUGUCAGAAGAUUGCAUGGUCAAAACUCGGAUGUAUUGCAUACAUCUCCCAGGACGGUCUGAGAGUCAAUGUCCGUCACCUCCAGUGUCGGCCCUCAGAUGGAAAAUGGGUCCUCAGUGACGAAACCCCUCUGCUGCCAGUCACCGAUGCUCAUGGAGGACACACCUUGGUCCAUCUGUGCUGGAAUGAGCCAGGGGCCGAACUGGCGGUGGCAGAUUCUUCAGGACGGGUAUCCAUCUACUCAAUUUCGAUUGCACUCAAUAGUAUUGCCGGUCAUCGUCAAGCAGCUUUUGAUCCCGAUGAUGACGGUGCUCAAAUAGUGGGUAUGAUGUGGUUGAACACCCAACGCACGGUGCAUUCCUUCUAUCAAGCGGCAAAGGUGCAGGGACGCUGGGCCUACUCGCCAUUUCGACGUCGUCCAAUUGGCCCGUUCCAUCCAGUGAAUAAGGCAGGUCUGGUCUGCGUGACCAGGUCUGGAAUCAUUCGACUGUUGUAUCAGAAUCCUGACAGCAGAUGGGCAGAGAUCUCUGCAGAACUCAAAAAUACAGGCUACUCAGACCGACUGCUGACCCACGCGGCCUUGGUAUCUACGCAAGGCGGCAUCCUCAUUGCCACACACUCAGCAUGCCAGAAGAUCUGUCUUUAUCGCGUUCACAUCGCCUGGACCCCGACUCAAUACGACCCUGGCCAGCAAAAACCGCCAGCACCUUGGCCUGUCCCUUCCUUCCGCUUCCUCCAUUGCAAAGUCGAACCUCAGUGCGACGUACCAGGCACGAACCGCAAUGCGGGAGAUAAUGCACAGGGUUUGCCCUCAUUUACCAACUCUCUUUACUGUCUUACCGGCUUGGUUAUUGUGCUUCCAGCCCUCGACAACCCAGCGGGCUCAACGGCAAAUCCUUGGGUGGUUGCCGUCUAUUCAGCUCCUCUCCACGUCACGCAGGAUCAUCCUCAGCAACAAGGUCCGGCAAGCGUCAUUGUACGGUGGCAAUUGGACACCGGUCCGUUGACUCUUCACCCGAAAUUUGAUGACGUCCCUUCGAAGAAAAACAAUGCCCAGAUCAAGCCGAAAUUGGAGCUGCGUCGGUUGGAUGACGUGUAUUCCGACAAGUAUGCCAUCUCGAUAGACCAGAUCGAGUAUGGCAAUGUGCUCGCCAUCACCUAUGAUGACGGCUCUGUGGUCUUCUAUGAUCCCAAGACCAUGGCUGUGUUCAACGGAGUGGACGACGCAAACACUGUAACCAGCUUGGCUCAGGCAGGCUUUCACCACCCCCUAGAGCUUUCAGGUCUUCAUAUCAGCUUCUCACCAAACGCUUGCGCUGCUGUAAUGCUUGACGGAGAGGGGCAAACUCACCUAAGGCUCACGGAGCACUCUUACGGGGCUGAGGGCGGACUUCAUGAUGAGAACAAAUAUUCGGCUGCUAUUGCAGCGUUGACUCUAGCCUUUUGUCGUGGAUGUGGAAGCGACGUAAAUACAGACGAUAUACUGUUGAUCCUUGUACGACAACUGACACCCGAGGCACAAGCCACCUUCAUCAACGAAGCGUACCGCGCCUUGCCUAUAAACUGCAACUUUACAGUAGAGCAGGAUAAACUUAUGAACCAUCCCUACAUUCCGCGCUGUCUAAGUAUUCAAGCUGCUUUGGGAUUCAAGAACAAAUACACACCGCGGAACUUCGCAUCCUCUAUACCUUGGGCCGUCCUCCAGCUUCGCCAUGCGUCGGUGCUAUAUGCGUUCUUCUUUCAGUACAAUAAAGGCGGUGCCACAGAGCCGCAUGACCCUGAUGUUUUGCGUAUGGUGCUCGGAAACACCAAAUGGGCCCUUGACUUUUCAUUCUACGUGCUUAACGAGCUGUUCGAUCUCGCCGACGACUUUGAAAGCCUAUCCGGCGACCAGGAGGCAUUUACACAAAAGUUAAAAUCCACAAGCUCCCUUCCUCUCAUCAUCCUCCUUUCAAGCAUGUCUCGCGCAUUCCUGCGGUUCAUCUGCCGGGGCUUGCGCGGGAUCUACGCAGGCUACGCGACCGCAGCGCCUCUAAGCGGCGAUGCCCGCGUCUACUACGCGGAGAUCUACCAAACACUGGAAUCCGCGCCGAUCCGAAUCGACGCAUACGAAAAGUUCCUCGCUGGCGUGGACUCGGCCGUGCGCCACGCCUAUCACGGCGCCGGGUUCGGCGACGCCGAACGCCCAGGCCCCGAGAAGGAACUCCUGGUGAACGCCCGUGUGCCCCCCGUGCUGGUGCCGGCGGUGUCCACCAUCCUCCGACAGACGGUCCCCGCGCUCAGAACGGAGAUCGACCGCAUCACGAUCUACAUGGGUGACUACAGCUGGCUGGGUCUGUCCAACGACCGCCGCACCGAGAUGUACCGAAGGAACAGGGACGUGGACAUCAUCAAGAAGAUUCCCUGUAGGCCUGUGGCAUCUGCUCUUCCGGAGGCUAGCGCAAAUGCAAACCAGAGCGGGAAACCCAGCACGCAGGUGCAGCAGCGUCGGCGGCGGUGCGUCCGCUGCUGCGAGGUCUCUAGCGACACGCAUCCGCCGCGGUCGCUGCUCUCCUUCCGCAUGAUUGCGAAGCUGGGUCUGUUAAGAGCUUGUGUCUGCGGAGGCAUGUGGACUCUGGAGCCGAGUGUGUAUAGCUCUGCGCAGUCUUCGGGUGCGCCGGUGGGUCAGGCGACGGGACGUACGCCCGCACUGGUGGCUGCUGGGUUGGCUGGUUCGAGUUAG